CACAAAUACUCCCACUAUUCAAAUACGUUCGUGAAGCAACGAAUGUGUUGAAUGACUCAUAAUAAGCUAAGCAAUGGUCCCAAGUGAAUGUCUCAUUUAAAAGCCAGUUGUAUCUGUAUUAAAAUCACGAGUAGAACCGUACUCUUGCUGGUAUAAUUAUAGCAACGGCAUGAGUUUAAUAUCAUCGUUGUUUACAAUACGUAAAUGUGUGUGAAGAAACGAGUGUGAAGUAAGACAAAAUACAUAUAAGAAAUAUAAGAAAUUGUCAAACAAUUCGUUGCCUUGUAAACAGAGAAAAUAUAUCGUUUGUUAAAUUCGUGGUCACAAACAGUGCGUUUAUAAUUAGUUGGAUAUAUUUAUAUAUACAUAUCUGUCACUCGAUUUAUCAAUAUGUACCGAUUCCCUGUUAAUCAGGGCGACAGGGCUUCGAACGGACGCAAAUAUGUUGAAUCAAGUCUAACGUAUCUCCCGUAAGAUAAGAACGAAAGGCAAACAAUAAUAGGGGCGGCAAAAGAAAUUUCACCAUUCAAUUGUUAUCUCGUUGUGUCUAUAUUUAUCGGGAACAGAAUGUCGCAGAAUCGUUGUUUUAUAACAUCGAUCGUUAACGGUCAGCCUAAAUCGCGCCCCACUUGUGUAAACAUAAAUAUUCCUAUCAUAUCGGGAAGUAAACGAACGUGCAGCGAAAAAAGUAAUGAUGCGAGAAAUCCGUUAGUCGGUUUUUGGGAUAGUGAAGAGUACGAAGCGAAUCAGAAGGAAUUUAUAACAAUGGAAUCAACAGAUACUACUCACCUUUCCUGCGGUGCAUCAACAUACGAGGCUGUAUAUUUCGGCGGAUCUAAAGAAAGAUUACAAGACACAGGAUCAACAAGCGAUGAUUUUAGAUACUACCGAAUCGAUCCAAUGUGUAUGAAUAUUCGCUUGUGUAUGUUUUGGUUUUUAUGGGCAUUGUUGAUAGUAGUGUUUAUUUUAUCUAUUUUAUUUCACUGCUGUUUUUCAUCGAAACCAUGCUACAAUACUACUAUAAAUAUAACAAAUACAGAUUUCCAAUCGGAUGUUAUUGAAUAAGUCAAUAAAUAAAAAAUCGAUGUGUCCAUAAAGAUAUUUUUUCGGGCUAUCAAGAUAUAAGAUAAUCGUUUAAUUCCUUGCUUACGUUAACAAAGCUGCUGUUAAGCAGAAUGACACAGAUCAAAAUACUUCUAAAACCUUUAAAUGUUAAAUAUGAGAAAUGUU